AUGGGAAACCGCUUCCCACUCUGUUCGGAACAAUCAUUUCAUUCCUCCUCCAACACCAUGAAGCACAUUUUUCUUCUCCUAUGUUUUACUAUUCCAAUCGUGGCUCAGGAUCCUGUCCAGGACGCCCUUAUCUCAGCAGACACCAACUCCACUGCUCCUGUUAACUCAGACGCCCAGCCGGUGCCACCAAGCCAGAUGGAUAGUGUGGCCGCCAAAGGGCAGAUCAUUGCUCAUGACGUCACUGGGGAAGUGGUGCCGAUGAGGGCGAUUUCAAAGGCGUCAGCCGCAGAGCCAUCAUUGGGAUUGCAUGGGAUCACCGAGCAGCAGUUGAACUUGAGAUAUUAUAAUUUUAUCUGCUCGUCGCAUUUUCAUUUGGAUUGUAAGCUCACCGAGACCCUCCAAAUUUGCAUGACAGACCGCUACGUCGCCGUGCUCGGGCUCCCGCUGGCCUUUGACACCGACUCCCAGGACCUGACGUUUUUGACGAAGUGGAUGAGACAAUGCGAUCAGAAUGAUCAGGAUCAAAAUCAGGAGGCGAUGAGGCUGAUCAGGAAACGGAUCCACUUUCAGAAUGAGAAUAAUUGGGAAGGAGUCUUCAAAUCGGCCUCUGGAAUUGGCUCCCUUGCCACUGGAAUCCUCCUGCUUGCCAUCAAAUUUCUGAUUCUCUAAUACCUCUCCAUCUGCCCCCAAUAAACCAUUUGCUUUGUUGAAACCU